ACAGAGGGUUCAGCCUUGUACAACGCUGACAACGCAACGGCUGGAUCAUAACUGCCCAACUGCAAAGUUGGACUCAAAUUCUGAGGAGCUCAGGGCCAGAGGGAGCCCCCGAACCGGGAACCCUCAGCCCAGGGGGGCUCCGGGUCAGGGGGUCCCGAUCAGGGGGGUCCCGAGGUCCCGGGUCAGAGAGAUCCGAGUCACGGGCUCCCGCUCAGGGGGGUCCCGGGUCAGAGCGAUCCGGGUCGGGGGUCCCGCUCAGGGGGCUCCAAACCUGCCGGCGCCGCCCCGAUCACGUGCAGCUGCGGUCACGUGACCGUGUAGCGCGGGGCCUCAUAGGGGUAGGAGUGAGCCAGAGCUGCGCAUGCGCAGGGCCUGCGGCAGGGGGCGGAGCUGCGCAGGCGCAGUGUCCCGCCCCGCCGGCAGGGGGCGGAGCCGCGCUGCCGCCGCCAUGAGCGCGGAGCCGGAGCCGGGCCCGGGGCCGGGAGUAGGGCUGGACCCGGACCCGGCGCCGGGGCCCGCGCUGGACCCCGAGCCCCCCGGGCACCACGAUCCUGCGGGCCCGGGGCCCGGCGCGCCCGGGGGGCUGUUCGCGUGGCUGCGCGGGCGCUGCCUGGGCCGCGGCGCCGCCGUGGACCCGGCGCGGGACACGUUCGGCGCCAUGACCGGGCUGUACGGCGCCAUCCAGCCCGCCGACUCCGUGUCCCUCAGCACCCGCACCCACGGCGCGGUCUUCAACCUCGAGUACUCGCCCGACGGGUCGGUGCUGACUGUCGCCUGCGAACAGACCGAAGUCCUGCUCUUUGACCCAAUAUCCUCAAAGCACAUCAAGACUCUCUCUGAGGCCCACGAAGACUGUGUAAACAACAUCAGGUUUUUGGAUAACCGACUGUUUGCGACGUGCUCCGACGACACAACGAUUGCACUCUGGGACUUGAGGAAGCUGAACACCAAAGUUUGCACUCUGCAUGGCCACACCAGCUGGGUCAAGAACAUUGAGUACGACACCAACACGAGGCUGUUGGUGACGUCGGGCUUCGAUGGAAAUGUGAUCAUCUGGGACACCAACAGGUGCACAGAGGAUGGAUGUCCCCACAAGAAGUUCUUUCACACCCGCUUUCUCAUGCGAAUGAGGCUGACGCCAGACUGUUCCAAAAUGCUCAUCUCCACCUCCUCGGGUUACCUCCUGAUUUUGCAUGACCUUGACCUAAACAAGUCCUUAGAGGUUGGCAGCUACCCGAUUUUAAGAGCCAGGAGGACCACGUCGAGCUCAGACAUAACGUCAUCUGGCUCCUCCGGCCCUCGAGCUGUGGGUUCACCCUGUCACCAGCAUGACUCGGGUCCACUUUCUGAGAAACACUUGUCACGGUCCUCCCAGCGAGAAGGUGGAUCACCCAGGAAUAGCUUGGAGGUGUUGACACCAGAGGUUCCUGGAGAAAGAGAUCGUGGGAACUGCAUCACGUCGCUGCAGCUGCACCCCAAGGGCUGGGCCACGCUGCUCCGGUGCUCCAGCAACACCGAUGACCAGGAGGAAGGAGCCCCGGUGCGCCCCGUGUCCCCGCGCUGCUCCCUGCGGCUGACGCACUGCAUCGAGGAGGCCAACGUGGGCCGGGGGUACAUCAAGGAGCUCUGCUUCAGCCCCGACGGCCGCAUGAUCUCGUCCCCGCACGGCUUCGGCAUCCGCCUGCUGGGCUUCGACGCGCAGUGCCGGGAGCUGGUGGACUGCCUGCCGCGGGAGGCCAGUCCCCUGCGCGAGAUCCGCUCCCUGUACUCCCACAACGAUGUGGUGCUCACCACCAAGUUCUCCCCCACGCACUGUCAGAUCGCCUCGGGGUGCCUUAGUGGACGCGUCUCUCUCUACCAGCCCAAGUUCUAGGCACGGCAGCGGGGCCUGCGCCUGGAUGGUCGUGGGUUGUACUUCAGCACUCUCCAAAAUCUCUCGCUCUGGAUGGGAUCUCGGUUACUGUGGUCUUGGAACACGGCCCUGGAAGGAUUUUCCAAUGCAGCACCGUGCAGAUCUUCCUCCUGCACCCACGAGCCUGCGGCCGUGUCCCAGAGCCAGUGGAGUUCUGCUGCUGCUGGUCCCGUGCCAUCGAGUUGCUGUCCUGCUGUGUUUGUACCCUGAUACUUGAUCAUUUCCUUUAGUGCAACUGGAAUGGGCUGUUUGAGACAGUGCAGAGGGGGCCCGGGUGCCUCCUGUCCCAUAGGAGCUGGACUCUGCCUGACCUCUCCUUCCUCCUCUGUCGCUGAAGCAACUUGGUGGUGAUUUGUAGAUAAUCAGCUGCUUGACUACAUAAGCAACACAGUUACUGACAAAAAAAAAAAAGGAAAAGGAAAUUUUACUUU